AUGCUGCAGACCAUCGAGCAAACGCACUCCACUCCCGUACAUUAUGUGUCGCUGCCUACGCCUCCUGCAUCUACUGCCGGCUCACCAUCCACCUCACCCGCAAACCUGAGCGCCGUCAAGACCGCAGAAAUGGUCAUCCCCAGUCGUCAUCACAUCCUCAUCGUCACCGGUCCUGCGGGCUGCGGAAAGAGCACCAUCGCCAAGGUCCUUGCCGACCGUUACGCUUUCGAAUACAUCGAGGGCGACGAGUAUCACCCCCAAACCAACAUCGACAAGAUGGCCGCAGGUAUUCCGCUGAACGAUGAGGAUCGCUGGGACUGGCUGAUCCUCCUGCGCGACCAAGCCCUCCAGGACCUCAAGCAGGGCGCCAAGGGCGUUGUCAUCACCUGCAGCGCUCUCAAGAAGAAGUACCGCGACGUGAUCCGCACCGCCAGGCUGUACGACGAGGAGCCAGAUGCCAACGUUCACUUUGUAUACCUCCGCGCCGACAAGGAGACGCUCCUCGCCCGCGUCCGUGGCAGACAGGGACACUACAUGAAGGACAGCAUGGUCGAGAGCCAGUUCGCGGCACUCGAGGAGCCCGACGAGCUCGAGGUGAAGCAGCUCAAGGACGUCGAGAUUGUCGACGUCAAGGGCUCCAUCGCCGAUGUUUCUCAGCUCGCAACGGCCGCCGUGGACAGAGUCCUCGUCUCCCGGUAG